CUGGACUUUGUGAACGCAAUCAGUUUCAGUGAAGCUAGUUUUUGGUUAUAGCGUUUGUUUUUUCAAGGAUGCUGGUGAAGAAAGUAGUCCUCAACUCCAGACCAGGAUUAAAUGGGGUGCCAGAUCCUCAAAAUUUCCGCCUGGAGGAGACAACUCUUGGACCUGGUUUGGAAGAAGAGGAGGUGCUGGUUCGGACGCGUUACCUUUCUGUUGACCCUUACAUGAGAUGUCGGAUGAAUGAAGACAGCGGUGCGGAGUAUCUGACACCGUGGAAGCUGUCGGAGGGCGUGGACGGCGGCGGGGUCGGCGUGGUCCAGUCCAGCCGCCACGACGCCUAUCGAGAGGGGGACGUGGUCACGUCCUUCACUUGGCCUUGGCAGAGCCACGCUGUGGUGAACGCAAGCAUCCUACACAAGGUGAAUCCGGCGUUGGUGGACGGCCACGUUUCGUACUUCUUGGGCGCAGUGGGCAUGACGGGCCUCACGGCGCUACUGGGCAUGAGAGAGAAGGGUCACGUGACCAGAGGAGCCAAUCAGACGCUGGUGGUCAGCGGAGCCGCCGGGGCUUGCGGCUCGGUGGCCGGACAGAUCGGGCGAUUGGACGGUUGCUCCAGGUGUUUAUCAAAAACGGUGGUCGGUAUCUGCGGUUCCGAAGACAAGUGCAAGGCGCUGGUGGAAGUUUUGGGCUUUUCUGGGGCCAUCAACUACCGGCGGCAGGAUGUCGCCACGGGACUGCGGGAGAACUGCCCCGACGGCAUCGACGUCUACUUUGACAACGUGGGAGGUGACAUCAGCGACACUGUUAUUGCGCAGAUGAACGAGGGCGGCCACGUGAUCUUGUGCGGUCAGAUCUCGCAGUACAACAAGGACGUUCCGUAUCCGCCGCCCCUCAGCCGGGAAACGCAGGAGAACCUGCGCAGGAAGAACAUCACGAGAGAGAGGUUCAUGGUGCUCAACUACAUGGGUCAGGCCGAAGACGCCCUCUGCGAGCUCGGGCGCUUGGUCGCCUCCGGACAAGUCAAGGUGCAAGAAACGAUCGAGAACGGCAUUGAAAAUAUGGGAGUUGCCUUCUGCUCCAUGAUGAAAGGGGGAAACCUGGGCAAGCAAAUCGUGAAGAUCUCCCACUGAAUAACAACGCUGUGACAUAACAACUGUAUUGAACAUUUUUAAUCCACAGCACUAUAAACCAUUCAAUAAAAAAAAAAAGUGGUUGCUCCCUUUUUCAUU